AUGUUUUCAAAAAGGACGUCGCCAGCACCCUUCCGUGCGCUCCUGCUGCCGGUCGUGGUGGUGGUGGUGGUGGUGGUGGCAUCUGUGGCCCUCCCUGCAGGAGCGCAGUUUGAUUUAAGGCAGCAGCAGCUGGUUAUACAGGAUUUCUUCAUCAGUCGCUCCUGCGCAGGAUGUUCACAGGGGCAAACCGAUGGCCCAAGCGGUGCCGGCACACUCUUCACUGCCGCCGGUGGUUCGCUUGGCAAAGAUGCUUCCACGCUGCUGUUGUGUGACCAAGGUGGUGGUGGCUCCAGCGUGCGUUUGGUGAACAAAUCCGGCAUUUUCACCCUUGCCGGUAGUAAAACGACGCGUGGCAAUCAAAAUGGUCCGGCGGCGACGGCACUCUUCAACAUGCCCCGAGCUGUGGUGCUUGAGGAUGGAGCGCUUUACGUGGCGGACAAUGCCAACAACCUCGUUCGAGAAAUCUCCAAUGGCGUUGUCACUUCGUUUAUUACGGAAGGACUGCUGGGCCCAUCGUACAUCAAACCGUACAGCCGUACAAAUGGCGCUCAUGACUUGUUUGUGUCGGACACGGGCAAAUCACGCAUCAUUUUUGCCCCACUUCAGAAAAAAACGUUCAUCACAGUGUUUAUAACAGGAUUCCAGCCGGAUGUUCUUCAAAUUAGCGAGAAGAGUCGUUUGAUGUUUGCCAUCUGCAAUUCCACGAAAAUUCUUGCGAUUAAUAUGCAGGGAGCCACAACCCCGAAGGAGUACUGGCAAGUUGGAAAUGCGGACUGCAUGGGCUAUCAGAGUUCCCUCAUGCUCACGACCGAGGAGGAUAAACUCCUCUACUACGGCAUAUUAAAUGGAACCCCAUCCAUCAUGUCUUUACCCGCCACCAAAACGAAGACGGAAGCACCCAGAAUUUGCCCGGAUGUGUUGUUGCAGUGGCCACAUGGGCCCAUUGUUUCGCUUGUGAAUAUUAACAAACAUGCAUUUUACGUUGUUACCGCCUCCAAUGUAUACAUUGUACAUGAUGGCUCGUAUCAUCCGACUGUAACGCCGACACCUCCUCUGACACCGACGCCUACACCAGAAGUGACACCCACACCUACUGUGACCCCGACGCCUACACCGGAAGUGACACCCACACCUACUGUGACCCCGAGCCCCACCAUCACAAUCCACCGGGGUUUUGCUGUGGCAGCCUUUCCUGCCCAAAGUCUUCCAAUCGAAGACCCGCGGCUUAUGCAUGAACUGCUUUCUUGGUUAAUGAAGGAUGUAGGGAUUGCGUUCGAAUCCACGGACUUUUUUGCCGUAUUUCCUCCAGAUAGAGAGGUUUUGGUGCCCGGUUAUGUAAAUGUCUCCACCUGGAAUAACUUGACGGUGCUAUUCAACUUUGACCGCACCAUUGUCAUCACGGAAUAUUUCACUCCAGAGGGCAUGUCUUCAGAGGAGGGACAGGCCCGACUCUUCGCUUCGCCGUGGUACUGGACGAGAAAUUUCCUUGAUUCACUAAAGAAAACAGUAGCUUGGAAGGACCUGGAGGCGUUUUGCAUGGUCAACUGUGUUGAGCACUGUGAGACAAUGACAUUCCAUAAGUCAGAAUGUGUAGGCUACGUCCGGCCCCCAGUAUGCAACGACGUCUGUGUGGGGGCGGUAGUGUCCUCCGUGGUGCUUGGCGCCACAGGUAUCGCACUCAUUGCACUGAUGGUUGGAAGUUCGGCGAACUUACGGAGCGCUGUGAUUCUUGUUCCACCCAUGUAG